AUGGCUUCCUUCUCUCGAGAUACCCGCAAUGCGGUGAGGGCGCACCGACGUGACUCGUCCUCACACAACGCGUCGCGCCAACGGCCCCGUCUGUUGCGAUCCAGUGCCACAGAGCCUUCCAUCACCGCAUCGAAUGCAAUCCGAGGACCUUUGGCCAGCUCAAACUCACCCCAGAAGGCAACAGACCUGCUCAGCCGUGUCGCCGUUUACUCUCCAACACACAAUCACCUCGAGCACUCUUCUGCCUCGGAGCAUAUUUCGCACCAGGUGGACGCGAUUGUGAUAUGUCGCGGGGACUCUGAGGUGUCGCCCACCGGCUGUCAAGACGUCGUCUUGGUUGAUUCCCCGUCAGGCUACUACUUCAGCUUCCCAAGCUUUGACGACUGGAACCGGGAUAAGCAGGAUCUCGACAAAGACGCAGACGACUGA